UAGGCAGCGGGAUGAGCGCAGACAAAGCUGGGUGGGGACUCGCCGCUCGGGGCUGCUGCUGACCACCAUCCAUCCUCCUCCUGCUGCGGCCGCAUCCCUCCGGCCCUCCCUCCUCCUCCUCCAUCCUUUCCUCCAUCCCGCCGUCCGUCCGUCCGUCCCUCCCUCCAUCCCUCCGUCCGUCUGUCCGUCCCGCCGCCGCCCGCCCCGCGGGGACCGGGGCACCGCUUCCAGGCAGUGAAGGGCCAAGAGGAGCAGAGCUUCCCUUAGAGGCACAGAUCAGCGGAGACAUCGGCUUCUGCCCAUCCCGGGAGCCCUCCUGGCCCGCCCAUGGCUAGCAACAACACUGCUAGCAUAGCACAGGCCCGCAAGCUGGUGGAGCAGCUGAAGAUGGAGGCCAACAUCGACAGGAUAAAGGUGUCCAAAGCAGCAGCAGACCUGAUGGCGUACUGCGAAGCCCACGCCAAGGAGGACCCUCUAUUGACCCCCGUCCCGGCCUCAGAAAACCCCUUUAGAGAGAAGAAGUUCUUCUGUGUGAUCCUGUAAACCCUGGAGGAGCCUGACGGGCACUCAGGCCACCCUGAACACUGAUGUAGAGUUUUUAGGAAUGGGGACGACCUGCUGGUCCGCAGAAUUUAAACAAAAAUAAGUAUAAAACACGGCCUGGAAGCUACAGAGAUGUGCAUGUUUAAAGAACCUGGCCACCUUUGGGGGAAUCAGAUGAUCUGCAUUGCGAGGCAAAAGAUCUGAAGUCUGUAGAGUUGCCUAGAAAGAGAAAAACAAACAAACAAACAAACAAACAAAAAAACAACAUGUAAAGAAUAAAUCUGUGUCACUUUUCUGCUCACAAAAUUGUUUGAUUGUUCCAUAUUUAAGGUUUGAUUGUUCCAUAUUUAAAGCACCAGAGCUGUGCUGAGCAAAGUUAACUGCUAAGGAUGUGUAUAACCUUCUUGGAAUGAUAUUGUUGGUUUCUUUCCAAGCUAAUAUUUUUGAUUUAAGUUGUCAGAUAUAUAGCGACAGGUUAGGUGGCUGUGCUGUUACUCAAUGUUUGGUCUUGUGCUUUUUCAUUUCUGGCCGUAGCGUAGCAGGGCGGGUCGAGGGGACACCAGCAGCUCUGUGUCCCCAGCAAACCCCACUUUUUACCAUUCUCUCUAUGGUUAGCUUUGGUUCUGCAAGUAAAAGUGGUUCCCGUGUCGUGCUUGGUGCUUCCUAGCCCUGUGAUGACAUUCAGUGGUAGUGCAUGAGAGUUUAAUUCCGUUCAUCCGCUCCAGACUUUUCUUUUCUAGCUUUUGGCACCACGUGCUGGUGGAAGAAGCCGUAGGGAGGGAACAGAGGCGAUUCUGAAAGCAAAGAGAGCUCCUGAGAUGCCUUAGACGUGCCUGAAAUGCCCCCUGCCACAGGGCAGGUGCCAGCCCGGGUGCAGGGCGAGCCAGAAAUCCGAAAAUCGAAGCCGACCACUUCUUUCCGGGUCUUUCCUUUCUCCUACACCUCUGUGCCUCUGCUCCCCUCGCUUGGUCCUGCUCUUUUCCCAGUUCCUGGUAGCACUUCCUUCCCUUGGGGCUGGUCUGGAAUGUUGCUGGGAUGUUGUUCAGCGCUGGGAUGCUGCUCCAAAAUGGGGUGCUGCUCCAUGGUGGGAUACAGCUCCAUGGUGGGAUGCUGCUCCUCCAUGGAAUGCUGCUCCAUGGUGGGAUACAGCCCCAUGGUGGGAUGCUGCUCCUCCAUGGAAUGCUGCUCCAUGGUGGGAUAUAGCCCCAUGGUGGGAUGCUACUCCAAAAUGGGAUGCUGCUCCUCCAAGGAAUGUUGCUCCAUGGUGGGAUUCUGCUCCAUGGUGAGAUUCUGCUCCAUGGUGGGAUAUAGUUCCAUGGUGGGACGCUACUCCAAAAUGGAAUGUUGCUCCUCCAUGGGACACAGCCCCGUGGUGGGAUACAGCCCCAUGGUGGGUUGCUGCUCCUCCAUGGAAUGCUGCUCCAUGGUGGGACGCUACUCUAGAAUGGAAUGUUGCUCCUCCAUGGGACACAGCUCCAUGGUGGGACACUACUCCAAAAUGGAAUGUUGCUCCUCCAUGGGACGCUGUCCCACCAUGGAAUGCUGCUCCUCCAUGGGACGCUGUCCCACCAUGGGAUUCUGCUCCGUGUUGGGAUGUUCCUGCCCCUUCCUGCCCCCACCUCCCCUCCCGUUCCCACUGCCCCCUCCCCACGUUGGGAAGGGCCAGGGGAGCAGCCCCGGGAGCCGUGGGGCCGCCCCUUCCCGGAGGUGCCUGAUUCCCUGUUUACACACGGCCUGGGCUCCGUGCCAGGCUGGGCAGUUAUUCCCAGGUCUGCUUCCUCUGCUCCCAGCUCUCGGGGGACACACGCCACCUUUCUGGGCUCCUCCUCGGGUCCAUACUUCUGUGGAUGUGGCUUGCCUCUCCUUUCUGCUGCUAAACACCUCCCGGCUUUCCCCUGCUCACCUAUCCUCCUGGGAAACUUUGGGAAGCAUCACUUUGGGAAUCAUAACGUGGGGAUUUAUGUACAAAAUGAGCUGGGGGUCACAGAGGGGUUUGGGGGUCGGUGGUGACCCCGCUGAACCAGUUCUGAAUCAGGUGUGAGCUUUUGAAAAUCCCUGUGGAUCCAGGAGGGGAAAAGUCUUUUGGUAACUCUUUCUAGCCCGUAAAAAAAAAAAAAAAAAAAAAGUGCUUUUUGGUUUUUCUACCUUUUCAUACUCUUUUUCUAGUUCUUCUACGGAGAAGGCCAGUUCUUCUCACACUGGGCUCCAAACUUUUGGCACCUAGGAAUGUUUAUAAGCCACGAAUAGCCUAGAGGGUCCCAGCACCCCCCUAAUUCCCCCAGUUUUGCUCUUUUUACUACAGCUCCCGUAGCUUUAGGAUGAAGGGUGGAUGAAGUGGUUUGCUCUGCAGCUGGUUUCACCCUUGGUGUUACCAGGCAGAGCUGUCAAAACCCCAUCCUGAGUUUUGUCUUUUCUUCUUAAUCUGAUUUAUUGUCACAGAGAGUGAAGUGCAGCCGGUCUGACCCGGGGCUCCCACCCCACCCCUUCUCAAACACUGUCACAAAAGUGGUUUGUAAUAAUUUUUUUAACGACUUGCCUAUUUUACAACUCGAAUUCUUAAUACCUUAGAGACGACAAAAUAAACCUGCAUGAAUAUGGGGGAGCGGGGAGGGGGGGAUUUUGAAUUAACCCAAACUAUUCACUGAAGGUGUUUUACCUUGCUGGGCUUGAUUUUCUGGUGGUUGUGGUGUUGCCAUUGGUGUGCUGCCAGGUAUUUCACCCCAGUAUUUCUAUUUACACAGAUCUGCCUUUGUUAGCCAAGCAGAGAUCGCCUGCCAAGGUUGUUUCCCCUCCUCACAACAAAAAUCCCACCCAUCCCCAUGCUGGAUUUCCAGCCUGGCCUCAAACAACAUUCCACCACCCCCAGGCUUUUAAAGAAAAAAAAUAAUAUCUGGAGUACUGGAAAAAGGACUUUUAUUGUCUGCAAAGGUUGCUGGUGGCAGUGUGUCCAUGGGUUGCCACCCUGCCAGCAGCAGGAUUUUGGGGAGGGGGUGGUUGUAGGCGAAAGCCAGUCGUGGUGUAGCGCAUCCCCAUCCCACAUGGUCUGUGUACUCGUUGGAAAUAAACUUUUGGAUUUGUUUCAA